GGAUACCCCUACAAAACAGCGAUUCUUGAUAUUUUCACUCUUCCUUUCAACUCAAACUCUCCUGUUCCUUUCCAGUAUCUCGCCUUUUGAUUUUACUCUCCGCCAAAGUUUUAGUUUCUUUUUUCUUCUCUCCGUUUUUCUUUAUGUUAACCACCUGGAAAUGAAUCCAGGGAGGGUGAAAUACACAGAGCGAAGAACUGUUACUAAUAAGCUACUCAAGGCAUCGAGCAAGUGGUUUCCCAUGGAGUCCAAACCCAAAGCCCCUAGGAUCGUCAGGAUUUCUGUCACCGAUGGCGAUGCCACCGAUUCUUCUAGCGAUGAAAGCGAGCAGGAGAGACAUCACACAGUGAAAAGGCAUGUUAGCGAAAUCAGGAUCGGAGAUUGUUCUACAUUCAAUUCCAACAAGCCAUCAAACAAGCAAAACAGACCGACUAACAAUAAGACCAAUCUUGUCAAUAUCAGAUCAAAGAAGCAACAACCGCAGCAGCAGCAGCAGCAAUGUUUGUCUAACGGCGUCAAGUACCGUGGGGUUCGACAAAGGCCAUGGGGAAGAUGGGCUGCUGAGAUCAGAGACCCGACAAGUCGAACCAGGGUCUGGCUUGGCACUUAUGAUACGGCUCAAGAAGCUGCUUUGGUUUAUGACAGAGCCGCGAUUCGAAUCAAAGGCCCUGACGCUCUCACCAACUUUAUAAAGCCUCCUGCCAGACCCUCCCCACCUGAGAUUGAACUUGAAAUGACUUCCGGGUAUGAUUCUGGCCAAGAAUCUCACUCACUCUGUUCACCAACUUCUGUUCUCAGAUUUCAGUCGAAUGAAGAAACUGAACUUCAAACCGAGUCCAAAGAUGACUCAACAACACAAACUGGGUGGAGCCCUGUUAAGGAACUCUCUCAAUACCCAAGUAACUUAUUAGACGAGUUUUUGUUAACAGAUCCAGUGGUUUUAUAUGAUUACUUGGAUUCUGAUAACCCUACACCAAUAUUUUUUGAUGAACUGAGUUUACCGGAAGCAAGCAGCAAUUUGGAACAUGAUUAUGGUGAUAUUUCUAUUCAAUUGGAUGUUGAUUUCGGGUCUUGUUCCUGGGAUGUGGAUAACUACUAUUAAGAUCAGAGUAGUUUUGGCUCUUGUUGCUGCCCAUGUUUACCUGAGUUGCUGGUAUAUACUUUUUGCCGUGCGUAAUUUUAUGGUAAAUUCCGAGUGGAAUUUUGGAUACCUUUUUCUAGAUGUGUUUCUCUACUGCUGCUACAGUGUGUAAAGAAAUGCCAAGUAAACAUGUAAAUUCUUGGUUUCUUUUAAGGCUUCUUUUUUGUGGAUAUGAACAGGUUUGGUGUGCGUUUCAAUUGGCAUGGUCGUUGUUUGUAUGCCAGGAAGCGUGCUGUGCCGUUAUGUCUUUUGUUUAAAAAGAAAGUAAAAAAAUCUUAAAUUUA